UGUGUUUCUAUCGAGUUUGCCGCGGUGUUCCUCCAGUCAAACAUGUUUGCCUGUCGAUGAAAGACUGGGUCCUAGGAAACCAACCAAAUUAAACAAAAUGGCGUCGAUUUCCAGAUACCAAAUAACUACCAGAAGUUCAGUCUGAGACUGUAUCUUUCCUCCGGGAAACAAUGUCAGUCAGAGAAGCAAACAGUGCACGGACAGGUAAUUUCAGUUUAUAUACAUCGUUAACGGCAAGCCGGGGAAAAGACUUCGAACUUGGCGAAGAAGAUUUACCGGAAACUUGCAGCAUAAAGAGCGAAGAUUUAAAUCCGCCAUUGUCGUCAGGCUUUGUAACUUUGUCCCUGCCUCCGUUGCACGAAGCAGCUGAGCAAGGUGAUUCUACUGCUGUGUCGAGGCUGCUUUUGGAUAAAAAUGUGGAUGUGAAUGAAAAAGCUGGAGGGCAUCGCGCAUACAGGACAGCUUUGCACCGAGCUGCUGGAUAUGGGCACCUUGCAGUUGUCAGGCAGCUCCUUAAGGCAGGAGCAGAUCCUAUGAAACGUAGUAGUGUGCAGAGGACACCACUCCAUGAAGCAUGCAUAGGUGGACACAAACAUGUGGUGAAGGAACUGCUCAAGUAUGUCGCAGAUAUCAAUGUUGUAGAUUCAAAUGGACAAGCUAGUGCUCAUCUAGCUGCAUAUCAUGGUGAAGCUGAAUGUUUGAAGGUCCUGAUUGCGAAUGGGAGCAGUAUGGCUCUUGAGGACAAACAAGGACGGUCUCCAGCUCACCUGGCAGCUAUGAAAAAUCAUCCAAUGGCACUGAGGUGCCUAAUUGAGAAUGAUGUGGAGGUAAAUUGUGUUGAUGAUCAAGGACGUACACCUGCCCACUAUGCCGCAAGUGCAGGUGGUUUGGAUGCCUUGAAAGUGCUUGCUCACAAUGAUGUCGACGUUAACUCAAGAGACACUGUGGGCUUUGUUCCAGCACAUCUUGCAGCAGCAAAUAAUAACUGUUCUUGUUUGGUGUUCCUGUUGGGUUCAGGGCUUGCUAAAAUGGAAGUAAGGGACAGAUCUGGGAAAUCAUUACUACACGUGGCCGCACAACAUGGUGCUACAGAAUGUGUUCACUGGCUGCUUGAGCAUCGAGCUGGUCCAAACAUCAGAGAUGGUUGUGGUGCAACUCCAGCCCACUUGGCUGCAUCAGGAGCUCAUUUACAAUGUCUGAGUUGCCUCAUUAAACAUGGCGCUGACAUUGAUGCACAAGAUGCCAGGGGUGACGCGCCUCUAGAUUUUGCCAAGCACACAGGGAAUCCUAACUCAUUUCUUAAAGCAGUGAACAGUGAAGUUCCUUGUAAAUUUUGUGUUUCCAAGCAACGGAAAAUUGAAUAUGACCUGGCCCACCAACCAACACCUGUGGAGAGAAAUAUCAUUCAACAGGAAUCAGAGAUAUUUCUAACACCUGAAAGCUCUAAAGAAAGCGAUCCCAGAGACCUACAUGUUCGUUCAUCCCAUUCUUCAAAGCGACUUGGGUUCAAAUCAAGCGGUAGCCCUCAGCAAAUUCCCCCAAAACGAGACCUGGCAACCAAAUACUUUGGAGAGCAUCUCUUCUCGCUUCCAGUGAGUGUCACGGUGUCAGAGUCAGGGUUGAGUACCAACAAGACUCGUCGAAAGAGAUAAUUCUUAAUAACAAAGAAUGUC